AUGACAACUUCAUGGAGUGACCGUCUGCAGAAUUGUGCUGACUUACCAGCCAACAUGGACUGUGUGGCGAUGAAGAAGUAUCGGCGUGAAGCUCACCACAGCUUUCCAAAGGAUUUGGCCCAACACCAUCCUGCAAUGAGAGUGUUUGUCAAUCGAAGCCUGGCCAUGGAGAAAAUUAAGUGCUUUGGAUUUGACAUGGAUUAUACUCUUGCUGUGUAUAAAUCUCCUGAGUAUGAGUCAUUGGGCUUUGACCUGACAGUGGAGCGUCUGGUGUCCAUUGGAUAUCCACAAGAGUUGCUGAACUUUGUUUAUGAUCCCUCCUUCCCCACCAGGGGUCUGGUGUUUGACACAACGUACGGGAACCUGCUCAAAGUGGAUGCCUAUGGAAACAUUCUUGUGUGUGUCCACGGGUUCAAUUUCUUGAGGGGACCUGAGAUCAGAGAGAUGUACCCUAACAAAUUUAUUCAACGUGGAGACACAGAACGCUUCUACAUCCUAAAUACACUCUUCAACUUACCUGAAACCUAUCUUUAUGCUUGCCUGGUGGAUUUCUUCAGUAACUGUUCCAGAUACUCAAGUUGUGAGACCGGCUUCAAAAAUGGUGACCUUUUCAUGUCAUACAAGAGCAUGUUCCAAGAUGUGCGAGAUGCUGUGGACUGGGUUCACUUCAAGGGUUCCUUAAAGGAAAAGACAGUGGAAAACCUGGAAAAGUAUGUGGUUAAAGAUGCAAAGCUCCCUCUUCUCCUCAGUCGCAUGAAUGAAGUUAGCAAAGUUUUUAUGGCCACAAACAGUGAUUAUAAAUACACUGAGAAAAUAAUGACUUACCUGUUUGACUUUCCUCAUGGUCCAAAGCUGGGCACACCCCAUCGACCCUGGCAGUCUUACUUUGACCUGAUUCUUGUGGAUGCUCGCAAGCCUGUGUUUUUUGGAGAGGGAACGGUACUGCGGCAAGUUGACACUACAACAGGCCGGCUGAAGAUUGGCACGUACACUGGACCUCUCCAGCAUGGUAUUGUUUACUCUGGAGGUUCCUCAGACAUUGUCUGUGACUUGCUGGGUGCUAAAGGAAAAGACAUCAUCUACAUUGGCGACCACAUUUUUGGUGACAUUCUAAAAUCUAAGAAGCGUCAGGGCUGGAGGACUUUCCUGGUCAUACCUGAACUGGCCCAGGAGCUGCAUGUCUGGACUGACAAGAGCUCCAUUUUUGAGGAACUUCAGUCACUGGAAUGCUUUCUUGCAGAGCUGUACAAGCAUCUGGACAGCAGCAGCAAUGAGAGACCUGACAUCAGCUCUCUGCAGAGGCGUAUUAAGAAAGUAACUCAUGACAUGGACAUGUGUUAUGGCAUGAUGGGAAGUCUGUUUCGCAGUGGAUCUCGACAGACCUUGUUUGCUUCUCAAGCUAUGCGCUAUGCUGACCUGUAUGCAGCCUCUUUCAUCAACCUGCUCUACUACCCCUUUAGCUAUCUGUUCAGGGCUGCACAUGUACUGAUGCCUCAUGAGUCGACAGUGGAGCACUCGCAUGCCAACGUCAUCGACAUUGAGUCGCCUCUUGCCACGCGCAACCGACAUGAUGAUAAUUUCAAAGAAAUGGAGAGCAAACGGCACCUGCUAACCCGAUCCAUCAGUGAGAUCCAACCUCCUCAUUUAUUCCCUCAGACCCCACAGGAGAUCACCCACUGCCAUGACGAGGAUGAUGAUGAGGAAGAGGAAGAGUAGAUGGGUGUCUUUUUCUGUCACACCCAGCAGAUUCUGCUUGCAUGUUUGCAGCUUAUCCUAAGUGGUU